AUGCCCCAAAAAUCCUGCUUAGAGCUGCAACAGCUACUGCGCAGUCGUGCGUUUGAAGCACUCACAAUCGAACGAGCACGAAGAUCUCGCGUCCAUGCGCUGCAGCAGAAACUCAACGCUCUUGAACAUGACUUGGCCAUUGAAGCAGCCGAAACCCGACUCAAUCUGGAGCAAUACGCAAAGUCAGAAUGCCGCACGCUGACCGACAUGUUCAUGCUCAAGCUUCCCCGAGAACUGCGAGAUAUGGUCUACCGUCAUUUGAGUACCAAAUUCGAGGAACGCAUUGACAGCGACUACUUCCGCUCCACCAUGGAUCCCGUGACAAAGUGCUACUCGCACGACGAAGCGCGCUGGAAGACGACACGUUUUCCGGACCACUUCUGGAACACCGACUAUGUGGAUCCUGAAUUCGUGCGGGAGCUGAGCAUCAACUACUACCGCACAUCGAGCUUCGUGUUCGGCGACGGGCAAGGCCUGAUAUCCAAGUUCCUCAACACUGACCAACUGGGUCUUGGGUUCCCGCCGAAAGAACUGGUGUCGAACCUCGAAGUGCGGCUCAGUGCGAUAACGCAUGAUCGCGGCUCAUUCCGCGCGUACAUCUUCGGUAUGCCGAAACCGCCGGAGAGACUGCAGGCAGCGCUCGAGGGAUUGAUGGAGUUGAAGUCUGGGUCGAACGUCUGUGUCCAAUUCUCGACCGAGGCCAAAUGCGAGACGGAAAGAAGAGAGCUGUUUGCUGGGGCGCUGCCUGUGCUGUUUCCAAGGAUGCAGGUAGCCAUGUUGGCAGGGUACCAGCUCAAAUUCGUGCUAGAUCGAAAGUAUGCGUUUCGGCUGGAGGGCGACAUUCUGGAGGGCCUAGAGGAACGGUUGUGGGAUAUGCCCGAUUACUACAACACGGACGGCUCAUCUUUCCGUGCAGCAUCGAACGCGAGUCCGUUCAGCCCUUACACAGACUGA